AUGAAGAAAGAAGCUUCUUCUGUUCCUCCGAACGCUGCCAAAUGCCCUGUAGAUCAUUCUAAUCAUGGCUCGACACCAUCGGCGCAAGAUCAACCCAAAUGCCCUGUGGAUCCAUCGGCUUAUAAGCAUUUCCUACCACCAACGGCUGAUAAUAGCGAAACCGAGAAGUGCCCUGUGGAUCCUUCUGCCUACAAACACUUUCUGCCGCAGGCCAGUCCUUCGGACAAAGGUUGUGAUUCUGACACUUUCAACGAGAGCAAUUACAUGCCCAACAUUUCGCAAACACAACAGUCGGAUCAAAAAAUGCCUCUGGGCCUUGACCGAGAAACUUCAACGAUUCCUCGAGCCCAGGGAUCGGAAAGUAAAUGGAUCUACCCUUCUGAGCAAAUGUUCUUCAAUGCUAUGCGCCGAAAAAACUGGGAUCCAAAAGAAGAAGAUAUGCCAGUGGUCGUACCGAUUCAUAACGCUGUAAAUGAACAAGCAUGGCAGAAAAUCCUUGAAUGGGAAAGCAUGCAUCAGACAGAAUGCAAUCAGCCAAAGUUACUGAAGUUCCAGGGUCGGCCGAAAGACAUCACACCAAAGGCACGGUUCCGAUCAUUGUUCGGAUAUACUCUUCCUUUUGAUCGUCAUGACUGGACAGUGGAUCGUUGUGGUGAGAGAGUAACGUAUGUAAUUGAUUUCUAUACGGGCAAGAGAGAUCCGCGACGACCAGAGGCAGUAAGCUUCUAUUUGGAUGUCAGACCAGGUUUAAGUCCAGGCGGCAUAUGGGAUCGCAUCAAGAUGUCAUGGAAAAAGGGAGAAUUUGUUUAA